AUGGCUGAGGAAACCACUCCUCCCGCUCAGGCGCCUGCUGCUGCGUCCGAGGAGCCCGAGACCAACAUGGAGGCCGAAGCUCAAGACGUUGACGCUGGCGCUGAAGCGUUAAUAAACCUUACCAUCGUCUUGCCCGACGCCAAUGCUAGCAAGAUGCAGAUUAUGGUCUCUUCUCAAGAACAGGUUCACGAGAUUCGGCAGUCCAUCAUUGACCUUCCCUCCGCAUUCCAGUACACUUGCUUCCACCUCGAGUUUAACGGCGAGAAGAUCAACGACUUCAUUCCCCUCUCUGAAAUUCCUGCCCUCGGCACCACCCCCGAAUUCCACGUUGUUGAGGACCCAUAUACCGAGAAGGAAGCUCGCAUCCAUUUUGUCCGCAUUCGAGAGCUUAUCGGUGCCUCUGGAGACCGAUGCGACACAGCCCAGGGCCUUCUUCCGGGACUGUCUCUCUUCGAAACUGUCGCCACAGAGGCCGUCAGCAACAACGAGUCGGCCGAGGAGUCACCCAUUCAGAACUACGACUUCCAGGCUGUGCCCUCUCUUACCGAGCUGGUUCCUCCUCCCUCUGAGCCCGCUCCCAAGACAGUGAAGCAGAUCUCCUUGUCCUCCUGGAAUCCUCCUCCUCCUCACCUCCGACAGCGUGGCCACUUGCUCUACUUGGUUGUCUCCACCAACGAAGGCGAGCAAUAUCAGAUCACCUCUCACGUUUCGGGCUUCUUCGUCAACAAAUCGUCUAACGCCAAAUUCGAUCCCUUCCCUCGUCCGGCACCCAAGGGUCAGUCAGCUCACUCUUUGCUUAGCCUCAUCGAGCUCGUCUCUGCAUCCUUUGCCGAGUCUUUCACAAAACUCCAGGACUACAACAACCAACGCGACCCUCUCGCCACUUUCCAGAUCACCAACGCUAUUCCCGCUGCCCCUUGGGUGGUUCCCUCUCCUAACUCCACUCUUUGCACACAUCUUCCUGAUCCUGCACGAUCUCAGGAGACCUACCUACUUAAUGGUGUCGAGAACACCGACACUCUGCGAGACUGGAAUGAAGAGUUCCAGUCAGCGAAAGAACUUCCUCGUGAAACUGUUCAGGACCGUGUCUUCCGAGAACGACUCAUUUCUAAGCUCUUUGCCGACUAUAAUGAGGCUGCUACUCGAGGCGCCGUCAUGGUCGCACGGGGCGACAUUGCUCCUUUAAACCCCACAGAAUGCAGAGAUGCUCAGAUCUUCGUCUACAACAACAUCUUCUUCUCUUUUGGUGCUGACGGUGUUGGUACAUUCACUUCUGAGGGUGGUGAUGAGGCGGCUCGUGUCGCUACUGGCAAGGAUGUCGCUGGUGUAAAGCUCGUCAACCAGUUGGAUAUCGAAGGACUUUUCACUCCUGCCACCGUGGUUGUUGACUACCUUGGCAAGCGAAUUGUUGGUCAGAGCAUUGUUCCCGGCAUUUUCAAGCAACGCGAACCUGGUGAGAACCAGAUCGACUACGGUGCUGUAGACGGCAAGGACAUCGUCGCGGCCGAUGAGAGGUUCGCUCCCGGCUUUGCUCAGCUGUCCAAGGCUCUGAAGGUCAAGAAACAUCCUGUUUGGGACAAGGAGGGUAAGCGAUUUGACUUGGAGGCCAGUGUGGAGACCAAGGGUCUGCUGGGUACAGACGCCCGCAAGUAUGUCUUGGAUCUAUACCGUAUCAGCCCCCUCGACAUUGCUUGGCUGGAUGAAGACGGUCUUCCUGAGGAUGGCGAUGCUUACCCUCACCGCAUGACAGUCCUCCGACCGGAGCUUGUCGACUCAUUCUCGCGAUACAAGCUGAAGCAGUGGGUGGAUAAAGAGGUUGCCCGUCGAGCUGAGCAAAAGAAGGAGAAGGAGGCUGAGACCAAGGCUGCAGAGGAUGACGCCAAGGGUGAAGAGGGCGAGGGCGAGAAGAAGACCACAGAGGGUGAGGGCGAGGGUGAAGCCUCCAAGGAAGAGGAUAGCCAGCCUAACCUGUCAGACUUCAAGUUCGCCCUUAACCCUGACGCUUUUAGUGGCCAGGCUCCUCAGACUGAUGAAGAGAAGGCCGAGUUUGCCGCUGAUGAGGAAGAAGUCAGGGCAGCUGGAAAAUAUCUCCGCGACCAGGUUAUCCCUGACCUGCUCAAGGAUCUUUCCGAGUCCGAGAUCAGCUUCCCCAUGGAUGGCCAGUCACUGAGCCGACUUCUACACAAGCGCGGUAUCAACGUUAGAUACCUCGGUAAGGUUGCUGAGCUCUCUAGUGAUGGCCGGCUCCGAUGCUUGCGCGACAUUUGCGUCCAGGAUAUGGUUGCCCGAGCCUUCAAGCAUGUUUCUGCUGUUUACCUCCGACACUUACCAGUCCCUGCUGUUCCUGCUGCUGUUUCUCAUCUCCUCAACUGUCUGCUUGGGCAUCGCUUCAAUGAGAAGCCCGUUGCUGAGCUCGAUCCUUCCAUCCGCAACCUCUACACUGAUGCCGACUGGUCUUUCGAGAAGGUUACACCUGAGAGUCUGCGGGAGAACAUUGAGGAGCAGAUCCUCCAGCGAUUCCGAUAUGAGCUCGACGACGAGUGGCACAACCAAGUUCGUCCUGUGCAACUUCUUCGUGAGGUGUCUUUGAAGAUUGGUAUUCAGCUUCUAGCCAAGGACUACAGUUUCACUGCUGAGACUGCUGCUGCUGCCACCACUUCUGAAGCUGCUCCUGCAAAGGUCGAGAAGCCUGUUGCCAACGGCCAGACCAACGGAGAAUCUGGUAGCAGCAAGAAGAAGAAGAAGAGCAAGGCUCGUGAGGCUUCUCCUGUUGAGGCUGCCGCCCCAGCCAAUGUGCACACUUUCAACCCCGAAGACGUCAUUGACCUCGUUCCUUUAAUCAAGGACUCGUGCCCUCGCAGCGCCCUCGCGGAAGAGGCACUUGAGGCUGGCCGUAUUUCUCUUCUCCAAAACCAGAAGAAAUUGGGCCAGGAGCUUCUCCUGGAAUCCCUUUCCCUACACGAGCAGAUUUAUGGUAUCUUACAUCCCGAGGUCGCUCGUGUCUACAACAGCCUAUCUAUGCUCUACUACCAGCUCGAUGAGAAGGAGGCUGCCGUUGACCUUGCUCGCAAAGCUAUCAUCGUCGCUGAGAGGACCGUUGGUGUCGACUCAGCCGAGACUCUCCUUAACUACCUCAACCUGAGCCUGUUCCUCCACCAAAUUGGUGACAGUAAGGGUGCUCUGGUGUACUCCAAGCACGCUCUCAAGAUGUGGAAGGUCAUUUACGGCCCUGACCAUCCUGAUUCUAUCACAACACUCAACAAUGCUGCUGUGAUGCUCCAGAACCUCAAGGCUUACCACGAGUCUCGACUCUGGUUCGAGGAGUCACUGCGCGUAUGCGAGUCUGUUUUCGGCAAGCAGUCGAUCAACUCUGCUACCCUCCUCUUCCAGCUGGCUCAGGCUCUUGCUCUAGAUCGCGACUCAAAGGGGGCUGUUACUCGCAUGCGAGAGUCUUACAACGUCUUCCUUGCUGAACUCGGACCUGAGGACAAGAACACCAAGGAGGCCGAGAGCUGGUUGGAGCAGCUCACUCAGAAUGCUGUCAACAUUGCCAAGCAUGCCAAGGAUGUUGCUGCUCGAAGACUCCGAACGGGUGUUCGGUUUACCACCAAUCCCUCAAGCUUGGCGGCUUCCAAUGCUACUGUCCCCGGCCGCGCGGGACCUGGUUCACAAGUUGACUCCCGCAGCAUUGAUGAGCUUAUCAAGUUCAUCGAGGGUGGUGAGCAUCAACAGACCAAGAAGCGAACUGGCCGUGGAAACCCUAAGAGGCGAGGCCAAGCUGGAGCGCGAUAG